AUGUCCACUGGCGACCUCCAACACCGCCACCCCAAGCUCGACGUCCACUCCCCUUCUGAUCCCUUCCCCAGUAAAACAGAGCAAAGAAAAUCAAUGGCUUCCCACCCGCCACCGCCACCGCCGCCGCCGCCAUCCAGCAGCGAGUCGGCCCGGCGAUGCCCGCCGCUCCCGGUCGAGCUCUGGGUGCGCAUCAUCAGCAACAUCGCCCACAGCAACGUCAUCCCGCACGUGUGGCUGUCCUGCCGGCGCGUGUCGCGGACGGUGCGCGCCGCGGCCGAGGAGGCGUUCCUGCACCGCCACCUCAAGCCGCGCACGCACAUCAAGUUCCGCGACCUGGGCAUGGUGCCCGACAGCCACGGCUGGAAGCACUACUUGAACCUCACGCUCGAGUUCGACCGGCUGUCCGAGGACCGGAAGCGCGUCGUCUUCAGCAACAGGCGCGCGUUGCGGGAAGAGGAAGAAGAGGAGGACGAGGGCGAGGACGAGGAGGAGGGGAGGCGGCAUGAGAAGGCGGUGGAGGAUGCGCUGACGGAAAGGUGGCGGGCCGCGAUGAGGUUGUAUCAGGGGAAUGGGUAUGGCUGCAGGAUCGAUCUGUCGCCGUAUACCAUUACCGUGCGCCAGAUUAUCAAUGAUACGGAGCUACCCGGCUUGGAGAUUGAUUACGAGGCGAGGGAGAUGUCGUUCGAUUGGCGGGCCAUGUUCGACCGGCUGUUUGGGGAAGAGUGCUACGCCAUGAAGCUGAACUUGCAGAUGAGGGGCGACGUGGAGGAAUCUAAAGCUAUCGAGGUACAGAAAGCAAUCAAAUCUGGCGAAACCGAGCUCUUCCAGGGCAUCUCGCAGAUGAUGAGGAUACUUUCUGAGCGGGAGAGGCAAGCGUAUCGCGACGCCCGCCGAAUCCGCAUUCGCCGAUGGUACAUCAAGAAUGAAGGCUACACGCUCGAGGAUGACUACUUCCACGGCGACUUCCAGGAGAGACAGAAGCUCAAAGACCUAAGAGCGGCACGAAAGUACGACAUUUACGAUGCUGACAGUGAAGAUGAAGACCUUCAAGACGAGGUGAGUGGGGUGUAUGACCAAGGCAUGGGCUUCUCCCGUUUCGACGUUGGGGAUGCCCACGAGGAUGGUCCUUUUGAGCGCUUUGAAUCAACAGAGGCGUUGGAUGAUGAUGUGGACAACGCUUUCGAGGAAUGGCUACGCACUAGACUGCCCACCAACAUGAACGACCAGCUUCCGGACACUCUAGGAGAUGGCUCGGACUCGGAGGCCAGCUAUGAAGACUCUACAGAAGCUGAAGACGACGAGGAUCUCGCUCAGCACUAG